AGUUUGAUGAUGACAAUCAUAUGUACCCUCAGUUCUACUGUAUGAACAGGUAGAUAUGAAAUGACAGUCAAGAAGUAGCCGCCCGCUGUUGCGUAAGAACCGUGUAAGGCGACCGGUUGGUCGGUAAAGCAGAAGUGUUUAUCCGCUUGUGAGGAAAAACAGUGAGAGGGAGGGAGCGAUGUGGAGAGAGAUGAAGAGGACGGAGGGGGCGUAUAUCCCUUCAGUAGCUCGUGGUUAGGGGAAGAGGCAGCGAUAGUAGAAGGUAGCUGGACAUAGAGGAAGCCCUGGUGGUUCUUCGGAUAAAACGAGGAAGACUACAUUUUUCUGUCAUUAUCACAGAAUGCCUUAGUCCCCUCCCUCCCUUCCCAGCCUGCCGCAACAGACGCCAUCUGAAAGGAUCCGGACAGACCUGCAGUGGAAGGAUGGUGUGACAAAUAAGCCCCAAUUCCCUGAAGGUUCACUUCGCUUCCUUGCUGAAUAUGGCUCUCAAGCUGCUCCUGUUCCAUACCUUGAUCCUAUUCUUCUUCCAUUUAUCCGGUGCACAGACCAUCAUUGGUUCCUCCUCUUCCUUCACAACUCUGAACUUGCCUAGCAACCCACCUUCACCUACCAAGCAGACAAUUAGAUUCUGGCCUUCUUUGCCUCCCAGAGGACGCACCGAUCUUCCCAUCAGAGUAACAAUCCGGGAAAGGUUUACAGCUUUGAAUGCAGUGGAGCAGGGGCAUCGGAUGAUCCAUCCAACGACACAGCUCAACCCAUCUUUAAGUUUUACGCAAUCUCCACAGAAUUUUACAAGGGGGCAAAUUGCAACCCAACCAAUUGUCUCAAGACCCAGGACUGACACAGCUAGUUUAACAUCCAUCAAGGCUUUAAAAAGGGAAGAAGCUGCCAUAACUCCACCUUUUCCCACUUCGCCAUCCCAUCCAAGUCUUGCAGAAGAGAGAUCAAUCGAACGCUCAGAGGAUGUUGAUUCCCAAGGGUUGGGAUCAGGCAGAGCCCUGGCAGAGGAGAAAUCAACUGGUCAUCAACCAACAGUUGCUGAGGAGAUGGCUCAGUAUCGACCACAGGCGCAGACCAUGACCUCCAAAGUUACGGACGAAGAAACACCAUCACUGGAUUAUCAGAAUGAUGAAACUCACCUGUUUUCAUUGACAACCAUCAGUGCAACCUCUACAGUAACACAACAAACACCUAAGGCUGUGGAAUUAACGGGUACACUUGCAGCAAAUCACCCUUCCAGUGACCGACUUCAGCCAAAGCAGGGCUCCUCUGCUGUGACAUCUCCGAAACCCACGUCAAGCUCCGCUGGUAAACAGCCACAGACUGCAGGACAACCUGUCACAAACAGAAGCCCAGCUGGUCCGAAUCCAAACAGUUCAACAGAACAAGAAACCCACACAUCUACAACUGGUCUCCCACCUACUCCGGAGGCUGGUUGGACAGUUACAACUCCAAGUGUCAAAACAGCAGAAAAAGGAAAAAAUACAUCGAGAACUACUGUGCCGUCGAGAGGGGACUCUUCACUUCUUACAACCGGUGUUGUUCCUGUGAUCCGACCCAGAUUUGGCCCCACGUAUCAGAACGAGAGGAACCGCUCUGUUCUGUUGGGAUAUCCACAGCAAGCUCCACACUCCACUUUUAAUCCAGCCCCAUCUCCAAGUGCCAUUCCCUCUACGAAUGGCACACUUCUUUAUUGGGGUGAGUUGAGCCGCACGUUGGCUUUUGCCUGGGAACUGCAUGUCUACGGCACAGCAAGCCUCUUCCUGCUCCUGUUUGCUGGAGCUGCCCUCGGCCUGACUCUGUCCCCCGGAGCGAACUGUCCUCAUCGCGGGGCUCUUGGACUUGCCAAUGCUCUGUUGUUUCUGGCUGGAGGCCUCAGGGCAGUUCUGUUUUUCUUCGACCCUUAUAGGACACGAGGCAUCUUCCCUCGCACAGCAGUUACGGCCCUCUACAACCUGCCUCUUCACCUCUUGGUUUGGGCCCAGGCGUCCCUAGUACUUCUUGCACUGAGGGUGGCAGGAGUCAGUGUGUUACCUCCAACCUUAGAGCACCCCCCUCUGGUGGCUGUGCUUACUGUGUUGCAGUGUACACUACUGUUAGCUGCUGAUCUGUUGUCUCCAGCUCUGUCUCCUGUAGUACCAGUAACCCUACAGGUCCUGUCCCUAUGUUGGGGCCUUGGUAUCUGUUUGGGCUAUCUUUGCUAUGUAUUUCCACGUAUACGCUGCCCUGCUCUUCCCCAACACAGUGUUCCUGUUGAGGCAAGGAGGAAGACCUGGACGGGGAGCCAAAAAACAGCAGUGAUUCUGGGAAGAGUGCUGGCAGUCUGUGCAGUUCUUGGAGCAUUAUGCUGUGGUUUGCAUGUCCACGCUACCUUGUGGCUCUAUGGACUGUUAGGAGACUGGAAGCGUUUCAGCUGGGGGUGGUGGUUGGUGCAUUUCUGGGCUCGGCUGCUGGAACUAACCUGGGGUUUUUUCCUGCUACUAAUGGGAUCCUGGGUGUUCUGGAGGCCUGUCACCUGCCGGGCAAGGGAGGAAGGAGGGCAGGAUGGCAGCACAGUGGAUCUCCCAACUCCUGGUCAGUCUGUUGGUUCCCCUCAAAGACAUACAUGCUGGUCUAAGAUAGUCCAAAGUCUGAGAGGUAAACCCUGCAGAAAGUCUGAAAGUAAUGGUGUGGGAGGCGGAACAGGGGGAGCGGGAGGACCAGGAGAAGUGCCGAACAACUGGGCUGGACAAGAGCGACCUGGAGCUGAUAUCAGCAAGAGUCUUAUUAGGAACCAGGACCAUGAGCAGAAUAUGGCCCAGCCGCGCUUGGUCAAAGACAGUAACUAUGGACGUAACCAUGGGGGCCACCCUGAGGACCGAGGCAUAUCUGAGGAUUCCACCAGCUCCCUGCUGAGACUGCAGACUCUGGGUCAACCUCCACAUCGCUCAGUGAGUGGCAGCCUGGAUCAGGACAGAGAUACAUCUCUGUCUUUCUAUGAAUUUGACCUGCGGCCUCCCUCCCCUAUUGACCUGACUCGCAGCAUUGACGAGGCUCUGCACAGAGAACAUUUGGUCACAGGAGGGAGCCUGUUUCAUCCUGUAAUCCAGACUCCUUCUCCGGGCUCUGGGAUCAGCCAGGAGCAUUGGCUUCGCAGGAACAGUGAUCCUCAGCUGCUUUCUGAGAGCAGCGAAGCCCCAACAGAGUCUUCCAUGCCUCUGGGGGGUAGCGUUCUCAGCAGCGUACCCAGCAGACAGGUGACUGCUCCACCCACGCCAUCCCACCAGGGUCACAGGUGGGCUGGGAAUGGUAUGGUCAACGUUCCCUCAUCAGUGUCUUGCCCAGUGUCGCUUCGCCCCUCCAGAACAUCUACAGGGAAUUUGGGUGAGGAUGGCGUGGAUGACACUCGGCCAUUUAUCACCCCAGAUUCUGAAAGGGCGCGAGCAAGAGCUGGGAGACCCGUUGGUUCACGCAGUUACCUGGAAGUGAGUCGACAUGAUGAUUCUGCCAGUGUCAGCAGUGAAAUUAUAGACCUUUGAACCACACAAUGGACAUAAAGACCAGUGACUGCACUUCAGAUUUUCACACGUUUGUUUCAGAUUAAUGCAGGGGAGAUCUGAUCAGACUUCCUCAAGUUGGCUUAAAAAUAAGAACCAGUUUAAUAGAAACUUUAGGUGAUUGAUAUUAAGAUCAUCACCUUUAUCUUUAAAGUCAUUUUGUUUCAAAGAUUUACCAGGUGAAUGGAUUUUACUCUAACUGGGAGAUACGACAUGUUUGACACACUACCCACACAGCUCUUUCCAUUUUUUUUCACUCACAUAAUUUUAUCAUACGCUGUUUUUCCACUGCAAGAACCUUUUUCAGGAAUCAGGACAGUUUGUUUUUCACUCCCAUUAUUUCCACUGCUAGAGCCAGAGCAAUAUCAGCAGGGUAAAAAGUAGAAAGAAAUCUUCGGGUAGGAAAAAAAAAAGAAAAAUAGCAACUCAUAGUGAGUAUCUCAGUGUUUUGUACUGCUUAUAUACAAAUACAAUAAUAGAAUCACCUAAUCUUAAUGGAAAGAUAAAUUAAAUGACUUCUACCAAACGCUGACUGCAUUUGUUCAUCUGUAAAGACAAAACUGGUUUGAGACAAACUCUUGAAUCUGUGAUGUGUGUUUUACAAAUUGAUUUUAGGUUACAUAGAAAUCAGGCAUCCGACUGCUGUUAAGCAUGUGUUAUUCUUACUCCUUCAAUGAUACAAUCUUUAGUUUUGAAUUAUUUUUUCUUUUUCUUUUGUUAGUGUAGCCACUGUGAAAUAACUACAUAGGACACCGGGCUAUAUACCGGUGGUCUAGCUGACUGAAGCUGGAACUCAGAGCAGGAAAUCAUAACCAGGUUCAGAGCUUUCUAGUUGCAAGUUGGAAAAUAAAAGGUAUUAAGCAUUUGUUUUAGUGACAUCUACCACUAGCAAAGCAAGCUGAUAAUAUACUUCUAUUUUAUUUUAUUUUUCUCUUCUAUUUUAUUUUAUUUUUCUCUUCUAUUUUAUUUUUCUACCAUUUUAACAAGUAGAUAAGUGAAAGCACUUAUUGUACCACUGGCUUAAUAAGAUACAUACAUCCAGAAGAGCUUAGUUCAAAGUUUAUACCAGUAACUUCCUUUACAAUGUGGAUGCACACAGCAGGUUUGCUCUUUGCCUUACAACUUUCAGUGUUGGAAUUCCGACUUUAGGAGACAUUCUUGUUAUUCCGACUGACCUUGAUAUUCCAAUGUCCAAGUACAGCUUGGUUUCCUCUCUUCUGGUCGGAUCCAAAUAUGGGUAAAGUCUGAGUAGACAAGACUUGUUUAAUUUGACACCGUUGCACAUUUUGACAAAGUUUAGAGCAGCUUUCAUAAGUUAUAAUUUGUAGUGGCUGUGAUAAAAUCAAUAAACAUGUAUUGCAGAAAAUUCCAGCUUUUUUUGUGACCUAAGCCUCUUUCCCAAAUACUGGAUGAAGAAGAUUUCAAUCAGUGUUAUUCCAUUGAUCCUGUCAGCAUCAGAAUAAACAACAUUGUUUAAUACACUGCAGUACAAACACACGCAACACACGUGCGGGCUAAAACAGGAGGGUCCGACAAAAUAGGAUCUGGGUUGCAAAGUG